GUGACCCGCACAGGGCGGAGUCCCCCAGGCUCACAGCUCUCUGCACUGCUCCAGAGGAAACGUCUCCCAGUUUCAGCGAGCCACUGACCACCAGAUGGUGCCAGAUGGUCCCAGUCACCUUUUCCCCAGGAAAACACGUGUUAUCCAGGACGGGAUUUUGCACCAGCUACCUUGGCCCCUUGCCUGCAGUGCAAGGCAGUGUCAUGCAGGCCCAGCCCAGCUUGGCUUGGCUUGGCCUGCUGCUCCCAGUGAAGGAAGGCCACGGGCGCACUGCGAAGCAAGGCAGACCAUGGCUGGCAAGGAGGUGGCCGUGCUGUGGCUGCUGGCUGUGCUGGGCUCAGGGUCUGGUGGGAAGGUGCUGGUCUGGCCGGUUGACAACAGCCACUGGCUCAAUGUGGAGUACAUCCUCAAGGAGCUUGUGGCCCGGGGCCACGAGGUGACCGUGCUGCUGCCUUCAUGCUUCCUCAUCCUCAACGCCACCCAGCACUCGCCCUUCCACUUUGAGGUGGUCGAGGUGCCGAUCAGCAAAAAGGAGAUGGCUGCCAUAAUGGACGAAUCUUUCUAUUUUUGGUUUUACGAGGAGAGAGAGUUACCUGUCUGGGAAAGCGUUUACAAGAUAGCUCAAAUGCUGCGCAAGCUGGAGAUUGUAACCAAAACCAUCUGUGAUGGAGUCCUGAGGAACAAGAUGCUGAUGGAAAGGCUGAGGGCAUCUGCCUUCGAUGUUCUCGUUGCAGAUCCACUGGUGCCCAGCGGGGAGCUCUUUGCAGAGAUGUUGGGUAUCCCUUUUGUGUACACCAUCCGGUUCUCCAUAGGCAAUACGGUGGAGAGACUCUGCGGAGGGCUCCCAGCACCUCCUUCCUAUGUGCCAGCCAUCCUAAGCCGCCUAACAGACAAGAUGUCCUUCAUGGAGAGGCUAAAAAACAUCGUCUCCUAUGCUCUGCAGGAUUUCACGUAUCACUACCUUUUCUGGGGAAACUGGGAUCAAUACUACAGUGAUGUUUUAGGAAGGCCUACAACCCUGUGUGAGACGAUGGGGAAAGCAGAGAUAUGGUUAAUCAGAACGUACUGGGAUUUUGAAUUUCCACGCCCUUUCCUGCCCAACUUUGAGUUCGUUGGAGGACUUCAUUGCCAGCCUGCAAAGCCGUUGCCAAAGGAAAUGGAAGAAUUUGUUCAGAGCUCAGGAGAACAUGGCAUUGUGGUAUUUUCUCUCGGAUCAAUGGUCUACAACCUGACUGAUGAAAAAAGUAAUGUGAUUGCCAGAGCGCUCAGCCAGCUUCCACAAAAGGUCCUUUGGAGGUACAAAGGAAAGAAACCAGAAGCUCUGGGCUCCAACACCAGGACUUAUGACUGGAUACCCCAAAAUGACCUGCUUGGCCAUCCCUUGACGAAAGCCUUCAUUACUCAUGGUGGCACCAAUGGGAUCUAUGAAGCUAUCUACCACGGGAUCCCGUUGGUUGGGAUUCCCAUGUUUGCUGACCAGCAUGACAACAUCGCUCACAUGAGGGCAAAGGGAGCUGCAGUUGAGCUGGAUUUCGGCACACUGAAGACAGAGGACCUAGUUGAUGCAGUGAAUACAGUCAUUAACAAUUCCUCCUACAAGGAAAAUGCUUUAAGAUUAUCCAAGAUACACCACGACCAGCCAACUAAGCCUCUGGACAGAGCUGUCUUCUGGAUUGAAUUUGUCAUGCGUCACAAAGGAGCAAAGCACUUGAGACCAGCCGCUCACCAUCUCACCUGGUACCAGUACCACUGCCUGGAUGUUCUGGCAUUCUUGUUCACCUGUGCAGCCAUUGCUGUCUUCAUUCUUGUCAAGUGCUGCCUAUUUUGCUGUAGGAAACGUGGUAGAAUUGCAAAAAGAAAGAAAGAAUAGCUGUGCUGUUCCCGUCAGCCCUCUUUCUUCCUUGUAGGUUGCUGGCUCAGCAAGGCAUUUACGCAUAUUCCUCAGUAAAUAAAAUUAUUAGGAUAUGCUUUAAGCUGGACAUAUCACAAAGCACCUCAUUGAACUGGGUCAUGCUAAAAAUCAGUUACAGAGCAGAGUUGCUUGCUUAGCCAGUAAAUUCCUUCUGGCCUCGAUAAGAUUGAAUUAUAAAUGCUUAAUCCCUUGGGAUGCUGUUAGUUAUCACACAGGGUUCCCAAAACGGUAAUCGCUGCUCUAACUUGUCACAUUCAAUUUGGUACAAUUCAUAAAUACAGCCCUCCUGCGUGUUGUCUUGUGGUCUCUGAACUUAAAACUAGUUUUCUUAGUCUAUCUCUGACCUUCCCUAUAACAUCAUCCAUAAAUCAAAAUCAAAAUGUCUCUCCUGUCAGAAAAGCUCUUUCCAGAUUGGACAGUGAAGCCAAGGUCAUGAGAUCCUGAAAAAGUGCCCAUCUGAACGGUUAACUAAGGUCAUAAAAAAUUGGGAGCUGCAGGAGACUGGUGAAGGCUUUAUCACCACUUUUUACAAAUGCACUGACAGUGGCUGAGGGGGAGACAGGAACAUAUUUAAGUCCUAAAAACAGCACAGAAAUGGCUUUCUUUCCUCCAAGAACCAUCUUUUUUCCAUCCAACAUGCUUAGAGUCCUGCUGCACAGGCCAUCAUUCUGCAACACAACAGGAGCACGAAAAUAACUUCCACCUGUCAUCUUAACCCCCAAGAUCCUCUAAGCCACACUCACUGAUAAAUCCAGGAAAACCCUCAGACGUGGAACUUCGAAUUAAAGUCACACAUAGGAACGGUGCAGGAACACUUAGGAACACUUGCUUUGCCUGAAGUACUGGUGUGAAAACAAUGCUGCCCUUGGCUCAGAUGGAAUAGUCUUACAUGCUGCACUCCUGAAAUUAUUAAAUAAGUCCUUAGUGAUGAAAGGCUAUUAGACUGAUGAUACUUCAGGCCUCCUGUUCAAGGUGAGGUUACUCCACUGUUGUACCAGUGUACUUAAGAAUCUGCCCCAAUUUUAACUGACAUUUGUUGCAUUCUGGAUGCUGCAUAUUCGUUCAAAAACAAAAUAGACUGAGAAAAUGUUAUAUUCGUAUAAUAAAAUUCCCUA